AUGCCUUUUGAGAAAUUACCCCAGGAAGUGGUUCAGAAGAUACUAUCGAAUGUAUCGCAAGAUGACAAAGUUGCAUUGACCUAUGUAUCCAGGAAUGCAUACUUUCAUGGUAUAAGGUCGCUUUACAGGAACAUAUACUUGGCUAACACGUCCUAUAUACCGAGUGACUACGACGGCUCGCUUGGCACACAUUAUUGGUCUACAUUAUGCUGCAACUAUAGGAACAUAUCAACAGAUUUCGAGUCUCUAGACCUGGCAGAACUGGGCAAUCUCUUCAAAGGAAGUGAAAGGGCAAUGUACAAGUUUAAUUGUCUUAUAAGGUCAAUAGAGGAGAGGCCUGGUAAACUAUGCCCUCUAAUUGAAAGUGUGCAUUGCACCUGGCAUUUAGAUCCUAAAUUACUCGAGAGAUUCAUUUAUCUGCUAACAAGACAUGGUCAUAAUCUUAAAAGUUUUGAUAACUUCAUCGGUGGAGAGAUAAACGACCAAUUAACCAGUAUUUAUGGACAACUACAAACCCUUACGAUGACUGCAUCAAGUAGAACACCUGCUGAUCCUCCUACUAUUCAAUUCGUUGAUAGCCUCGACAAAUUUUGCAAACAGUACAGCUGGGAAAAUUUGAAUACACUAAAUAUACAUAUGGAUCUGCGCAACUAUUUCCAUAACCUAGACAAACCAUUAAAAAUUAGAAAUUUGACUUUGAAUUUAAGAAAAGAUAUGCUUUUAGGAGAAGAUUAUAACCGAGGUAGGCUGCCAUAUCACAAAAUCUUAGAUAAGAAUGAACUUAGAGAACUAGAAGUACUAUCUUGGAUCGAACCCAAAGAUAUGAAUUUCGACAUGUAUCAACUGUGGGGAUUAUACGAAUUCCUGGAGUUUCAUAACAUCGAAGAGUUAUCACUGCUUUCUUUAACAGACAAUCAUUUUUUUAUUACUGAAGCAGUGAGCCAUUGGCAUCACUUAAGAAGAUUAAAGCUUGACUACAUGUUCGAACUAACCAUGGAAAAUGAAUUCCUAGACCUCCUUGCAUCUUCCCCAUGUGCCAAGACUCUUGAAUACAUUGAUUUUAGAAUUAAUCAAUUCGAAGGGGUACCUAUAUCAGUUGCAGUUGGAUUACAACCCAAAUUCGAAUUGACAUUGAUGUGCAAAUGUGAUUUUUGCAAAGGAGUAUACGAAGACAUAAUAAUAAAGAAGUACUUCCCCACUGUUGCAUCUUUAAGAAAACCCUCAUACAAAGAACUUGAGCUAAACAAAAUAUUUUAUCAAAUGAUUAAAGUAUACCCCAUAAUACCGCAUGCCCAUUAUUGUGAUGUAUAUCCAGCUAUGGGAUUCAGAUAUUAUUCUUUACAUGACCAUGCAAAUAUUCAGAAUAGAAUGAGACAGGAUGAUGAAAAUAUGAAACGUUUGCCUUUACUGUCGGGUGAUGAUAUCAAGAAAUUGUAUCAUUACUAUUUACACUCAAUGAAAAGAACCUACGAUUAUUUUAUAUUACGUUUCCAAAACUUGAGAUACUUGACGAUUAACGACUUACCCACAACUAUAGUCCAGAUGGAUGAACAUCAAAGAUGCAAUAUACCUAUCUUUCACGCCACAGGAUACGAAAGCAAUCAGCUCUAUGAAUUAGUAGAUGCUGAGUCCUUAUUUAGUUAA